GAUGCAGUCCAUAAAGGAAGCAUUGAGAUAUUUAAUGGGUUUUGCUGGCCCAAGUGGUUUUGGUUCCAGUUCAACUGCUGAUCAAGUCACUGCUCAGGAUUCCUCUCACUCAAUCCCUCCUAAUCUCACUGCAAUUAUCACUGGGGCAACAUCAGGUAUUGGUGCAGAAACCGCAAGAGUGUUAGCAAAGAGAGGGUUGAGGCUAAUAAUCCCUGCAAGGGAUGUGAAGAGAGCAGCUGAGGUUAGAGAGAGAAUCCGGCGAGAGUCGCCGACCGCCGAGAUCGUCGUGAUCGAGAUGGACUUGAGCUCGAUCGCCUCGAUUCGGAGAUUCUGCGCUCGAUUCCUCGCCCUUGGAUUGCCUCUCAACAUCCUCAUAAAUAAUGCUGGGAAGUUCUGCCGAAGGCCGCAGUUUACCGACGACAAAUAUGAGAUGACUUUUGCUACAAAUUACUUGGGUCAUUUUAUAUUGACAGAGACUUUGAUAGAGAAAAUGGUCGAGACGGCGAGGGAAACUGGAAUAGAGGGGAGAAUAAUCAACGUCUCGUCGAUAAUUCAUAAAUGGGUCAAAAGAGACGGAUUUCGCCUUUCAAAUAUGCUCAAGCCCAAAGAUUAUAAUGCUACCACUGCUUAUGCACAAUCGAAAUUGGCUAACAUUAUGCAUGCAAAGGAAAUAGCAAGGCAAUUGAAGGUGUUCCUGAUGCAUUGUGAAACAGAUUGUAUAUUUUUCCUUACAUCAAGGCUACUGAAAACACCAUCACAGGGUGCUUCCACCACAUGUUAUGUUGCUCUGAACCCACAAGUUCAAGGAAUAUCAGGAAAAUACUUCGUUGAUUGCAAUGAAAGUUCUUGCUCGAGCCUAGCAGAUGAUGAGAUCGCAGCCCAGAAUCUUUGGAAGGAAACGCGUACGCUCGUUCGCAGAUUAAUCAGCAAGCCGUAAUAUGUUUUUAGAUUUAAAAGAAUACAAAUAAUUAAAAAAAUAGCGGUUUUCUUGGAUGUACGAAGAGUAUAAUUUGUAUGUAAACACUCUUGUUGGAAAAAACUUUAGUGGGGAGCUCCCGAACAAAGCCUCGUUGAGGAGAUCUCGAUCA